AUGAAACUGUGCGCAUCUGUCGCCAUACUAUCCGCUUUGGCGGCACUCUCUCUGGCGUCAACCCGUCUAGAGGAGCGUCAACGUGACAAAACAUACACCAUUACCUGCAUCGGUCCCCGGUGCACCGAAUACCCUGCAACAUCUACAAAACUUCCAACGUCAAUCCCCAAAACAAGCUCGAAGCCGCCGACCAAGACAAGCACCCGGCCACUACCACCUACAAAAACGCAAACCGAGGAGGUUGGCCCAAGCAGUACGAGGUGCCCCGUGCCGCUGUACUACCAAUGCGGAGGGUACUAUGACGGCAAGCCAUGGACCGGGUGCACAAAGUGUGUCUCGGGCGCGAAAUGUGUUUGGCAAAAUGAAUGGUAUUAUCAAUGCGUGGCCGACGAGGACUAA